UUUUUUUUUUCUCUUUUUUUUUUGGUGCUUCCCGUCAUUCUUUAUCCCUUGGACCCGUCAUUUACGACGCUGGCAGAACUUUCCUCGUUACAAUCGUUGCAUUUUCAAUCUGACUCUCCGCGGUAUACCGCGGUUGCGCGUCCCAUCAUCGUGCCUGCUUAAUCCAAUACGACGGCAUCCCCGAUCGCGAGUUUUCUUUACAUCGACGUCCGAUCUAUAGAAGUCCAAUACAAUACGAGGACGCUACACCCAGCUCCAACAUUACGUACAUUCCCUCGAUACCGGCCUAAUCCUGUCUUAAUCGCCAAAACCCAGCAAAGCCAGUAUACGGUCAAACGGCCUCAAAUUUGUGGCCCAACCCUAGAGAGGAAACAUAAUUACAAUCUCCAAUCGAAGAGGUCUGGCACCUGAUCUUUGAAUUAGCUACACCUUGCCUACUCUAAAACCUUCGUGCAGAGAGCAACAAGCAGGCACUUUUGUCACGUCACAGCCAACUGAACCUAACUUAAGCACACUCUGUAUCUUGUGCGCACAUCCGCCGACAACUUUGAGCUUUUUAUUUCUAUUUUCUACGCCGAACUCCCCCCUCCCUCUAUUAAUCAUAUUCUCUUCCAAACUUAUUCUCUUCAUACCUACUUGGUUUAUUUUUAUUUUCAUUAUCCCUAUCUACCACAUUAAUCGGUCCGUGUGUGCUGCUAGCCGGUACCACACGACAAUAGCCAAGCUCUGCACGUCGCUCGCCUUUGAGGCGUCUGGGUCCGAGUUUCUUCCCUAUUGCCCAACCAGCGUCGACGUUAGCCCCGACAGACUACCGCCUGGGCCGUGACGAGUCUAGCUUAUAGGCGCCAAGGCUAUACUAAAAAAUUUUUGAACCACCACUGAAAAAGAGGGCCAUCCACUUUACGGGUUUGGCGGGGAACAAGACUUACGACUUGAGUGGCAGACGGUGCAAGGGUAGAGCAGGGUGCCAGUGAAAAGAAAAAAGCGGGGGACCCAGGUCCUGCCGUCUCGGAACUGAGCGCAGCCACACCAACUGCGACCGAUCUUAUUAACCCAAUCCCCCCCCCCGCCCUGUGGUUCCACCAUUGACCCUAUCAAAACCCAACUGAACCGCUCGCUGCCCCCCAAAACCCGACCUGCAACAAGCUAGGUGCGACUUCCUCGCACAUAUACGCAGCAUUUUCUCUGGACCACACCAGUCUGGAUAGAAACAACCCCUAACCAAAAGAGAGUUGAUUGAUUUUAGCAUGUCGCUCAAGCAGGAGAUAGAAACGUGGGUAACGGCCUUAGGCCGGUACGACAACAAUGAGUUCGAGGAUGCUCUUGGUGAAUUCGACAAGAUUUCGGAUACCUCGAAGAUCCUUUUCAACAUGGGUGUGAUCCAUGCCACACUUGGCGAGCACGAGAAAGCCGUUGAAUGCUACCAACGGGCCAUCAAACUCGAUCAGUACCUUGCUGUCGCCUACUUCCAGCAGGGUGUUUCAAAUUUCCUGCUGGGUGACUUCGAGGAGGCACUCGCCAACUUCAACGACACCCUACUGUACCUCCGAGGCAACACAAUGAUCGACUACGCCCAGCUUGGUCUCAUGUUCAAGCUCUACUCCUGCGAGGUUCUUUUCAAUCGUGGUCUCUGCUACAUCUACUUGCAGCAGAAGGAUGCUGGUUUGCAGGAUUUGAACUAUGCUGUGAAGGAAAAGGUUGUUGAGGACCAUAACGUCAUUGACGACGCAAUUAGGGAAGAGGCCGAGGGCUACACCGUCUUCUCCAUUCCCGUUGGAGUUGUUUACAGGCCUAACGAUGCGAAAGUUAGAAACUUGAAAACGAAGGACUACCUCGGAAAGGCACGGUUGGUGGCUGCGUCGGACAGGUCCAACGCCUUCACUGGAUUCGCCGGUUCCGAGAUCAAGAACUCGGGCAAGGCCGAUGUCAAGGACGACAGGCCUAGUGACAACAUCUCCUUUGCUGCCACGAACCUCGUUAAGCCUGGAUUGCAGAGCAGGGCUCGGCAACAGUCGGAGCCACCGAACAGCAGGAACGUUUUCCCGCCCACGCCGCCGCCCGAGAAUGACAAGCAGACUAUGAGCCGUGGUGCUUCUGUCCGCAAUGGACCGAAACCAAUGCCAGCCAAACUGAACAUCGACAAGGCGAGACCCAAUGACCGCUACGAACGUACCACAUCGCCCCAGGAGCAACGUUCGAGGGCUCCCAGCCGGGCUCCUUCUAACGCACCGUCGCGAGGCUUCUCAACACGUGAGCCGCCGCGGAGGAGACCACGAUCCCAAGAGGAGGAAGAAGGAUAUCUGGACGACGUCUACGACAACUACGGAGGUGGUAUUGGCGGUGGCGGCGGCAGCAUCAGGGGCAGUCGGUCGCAACGCAGGGCACCUCAACAGCGGUAUAUUGAGGAGGAGGACGAAGGCAGCGACUUUGACGAUGGAUCCUUCGACGAGGGUGACUUUGAGAUGGUAUCCAACCGCCGUCCCGGCACAAACUCGAUGUCGAGCUCAUCACGAGGGCAGUCAAGGAGACCAGACAUUCGCAACAUCAAGGUCAAGGUGCAUUACACAGCUACAGACGACACAAGGAUGAUUCUGAUCGGAAUGGCCUGCGAGUACUCGGAUUUCGUCGAAAAGAUCCGCAACAAGUUCAAGAUUGCAUCCCGACGCAGCGUUAGGAUCAAGGUCCGCGACGACGAAGACGGCGGAACAAUGAUCACCAUGGGUGAUCAGGAUGACCUGGACAUGGCCAUCAUGGCCUCCAAGUCAAUGGCCCGGAGGGAAAGGUCAGACAAUGGAAAGAUGGAGGUUUGGAUUCAGGAUGCAUGAUAAAGCGAGCGAUGGUUUUGACUUCCUAACUGCAACGCAUCUCAUAUACCCCAGCACCCGAGUGCGUUUCUUGUCGAUACGAAGUAAUGAUGGCUCCUACCUGGCCAUUCGUCACCAUGAGUUGUCAGCCAGCUGACUUUGUGACAUUUCGGGCGCACGAGGCAAUUAUCUAUGCAUAACAUGGCGUCUGGCCGGGUGAGCCCGAUCUUUUUAUUUUAUUUUAUUUUUUUCUCGAUCAUGCUCGGGCCGUUGUUUGGGCCCGUCAUGAAUUAGCAUUAAACAUACUUUUAGAGGGCGGGUUUCUACAGUUUCUACCCAGGCAGGCGAACUUUGGAUUUUGGCUGGUUCAUUUCCUUAAUCUUCUAACUGCAUGUUUUCUUUCUCUUCUAUCGUUUAUCAGCAAAUCAAUGUCUGUCCCAAAGAGUUUCUGUCAUGUUUCACUUUUUAUUAUAUAUUGAUUUUGAUCAAAUCUAGGCCGUGACGGGCUAUGGCAUAAGUCUGUUUCCCCGCCCCGUUCGGGAUUUUCUUCUUUUCCUACGUCAAGCAUGGGAGUCCAAAUCUGGCACCGGAUAUAGUUAGUCUAGAAUCUCUGCUUCACAGCAGGCAGAAUAUUUGGGCAUGGGCAUCGUUGUUCAAUAUGAUCUACCGAAAUAACAUAUCCAUCCUGAAGUACACAUGCCAAACAAGGGUGCAAACAUCUAGACGAUCUCAGAAUGGC